AUGCAUGGUUUUUUCAUAUACACGCUUGUAAUAAUCUUUAAAUUUUCAUUUUCAGACGAACAGUGUUUGAAUAAGUUCGAUCCAUUAGUCCUGUCACAUCUUCGACAUAUAUUGGAGGGAAAGAACUUCAUCUGUAAAUCAAUUUCAGCUCAUCACAAAGCAGUAAUCUUCUUCGCCGUUUUCACUUUGGUGUUCGGUACUAUCGGUAUCAUAACCGGAGCAUGUUCGCCAUGUUUUCCACCGAAUUCGCUUCUUUACGUCGUAUCAAUAUUCAUGACAGGCGCCUGCUCCAUGCUGUCAGAUAUCAUUUUUAUAUUCGGUGCCACGAAAGACAGUAAAACUCUGCAACAAAUUACGCUCAAAGAAGAACCGCAAAUCCAGAAUCGACUCGGUAUAGCUUGCUACUUGCAUAUACUAGCGACAAGCUUUUUCACUCUGGCUCUUAUAUUCUCCAUUGGCUCAGCGUACUUAUUAAUCUCGUCCAAAGGUCGAGGAAGUUGUUGUACCACUAAAAAGGAGUACUUGCAACAGUAUCGGUAA